AUGGCGUCCUCUAUAGCAAAAAGGAUCGCCCUCACCGGCGCCGGAAGCGGAAUCGGCCUCGCAACAGCAAAACUCCUCGCCUCCCGCGGCGCAGUCCUCAGUAUCUGCGACAUCGACAAGUCCAAACUCGACACUGCCCUCUCCCAACUCUCCGGAAAGGGGCACUUCGCGACAAAAGUCGACGUGAGCAAAUCGGCGCAGGUUAACGCCUGGAUCGAAGCGACUGUGCAGAAACUAGGCGGACUCGAUGGCGCAGCGAAUGUUGCGGGGAUUGAACGGGAGGGAGGGCGGCAUUUUGCGGACGCGAGGGACGAGGAUUGGGAGAUGGUGAUGGCUGUGAAUUGCUCGGGGGUGUUUUAUUCGAUGAGGGCGCAGAUUCGGCAGAUGUUGGAGAGGGGAGGGUCGAUUGUCAACGUCGCCAGCAUCGCGGGCUUGAUUGGUGUCGCAGAGACAACAUGCUACAACGCAAGCAAAUUCGCAGUGAUUGGACUGACCAGGACAGCGGCGCGCGAGUAUGGCUCUCACAAUAUUAGAGUGAAUUCAGUGGCUCCAGGUGUGAUUGCAACACCACUAGUCCGCGCCAUGGAGACAGGACACCGGAAGGGCACCGUCAAGACAAGCCAGCAGGCUCUGGACAGGCAGGCAGAUCCCAGAGAGGUCGCGAAUGUGAUUGCUUUCCUUUUAAGUGAUGAGGCCUCGUUCGUCACGGGGUCUGCGUACAAAGUUGACGGAGGAUGGACUGCAUAG